UGCUGUAUCUUUGGUUGAUUUGGCCAAGGCCGCUGACCGUUUUCAGCAGCGAAAUUCAAAACUGAGGCGGCUGCACAACCACCCCCAAACACAAGCGAGCGAGCGCCCUCGCAACAGACAGCAGCAGCAGCAGCAGCAGUAGUAAGUCUUGUGUGCCUGUGUGUGGUGAUGUCGUCGUCGUUCACGCCAGCACAUCGCGAUGGCGGUGGCAGGGGCAGUGGUGUGCCGUCCAAUACAGCAACACCACCUGCGACAACGACUGGGUCAGCGCCAGGGUCGGCUGGGCAGAGGUCUGCGGCGGCGGCACCGCUCGUGUACAUCACGCCGCGGCUACUGGCCCAGCGACUCAAGGACACAAGCCUGGCAGAGGCCACCCAGCUCAACUUGAGCGGUCGCACGUUUCCCCGCGGAAAGAUCAAGUAUGUGGAAAAGCUGAAGGAGGCGAAGAGCCUGAAGGAGCUUGAUCUGUCCUCAAACGUGAUUGAGAACAUCAGCCGGGAGGAAGUGGCACCGCUCGUACACUUGGAGGUGUUGGAUCUCUCGCGCAACCGCCUCCACUCCAUCACAAGCAUCCUCUGCCUCACAUCCUUGCGUGUGCUGGACAUUGAGUUGAACCACCUCACAACCCUGCCAGAAGGCAUCAAAGCGCUUCGCCUUCUCAGGGAGCUGCGCCUUGCACGAAACGAGCUGGCAAACCUGUCUGAUCUGAAGCAUCUUGCAGCGUUGGCCAGCCUGUCCGUGCUCACGUUGCACGGCAACCCCUUCUGCCACGGCCACUACCUGGACUAUGCCACCUACGAACUGCCGGCACUGGAUAUCAUUGAUGGAGAGCGCAUCACAUCGGAGCAGCGGCAGAGCGCAACGAAGCGGUUUGCGCGGCACGAAAAGGUGUCGCUGGAGACUGCACUGGCAAAGACGCAGACCAAGUCAUCUGAGAUGGAGGACACAAUCGCAAACCUCAGCUCACUGCUCACGGACAAGUCCAACGAUCUUGAGCGGGCACUCGAGGAGCUGCAGCGUGCGCGGUCGCAGCUGCAGGAGGCGAAGACACGCGAGAACGAUCACGUGUCACUGUUGAGGGAGAAGGAUGCCGAGCUGCAGCUUCAAGCGGCAACGAAACACCCACAGCAGCAGCAACAGCAACAACAACAACAGCAGCAAUCGCAGCAGUACAAGCUAUUUGUGUUUGACACCCCAGAGGCGUCAAAUGCAGAGAUCGAACGGUUGCAGGAUCGCUGCAGAGAGAUUCGCGAAAAGCUUGCCCAUCUGCACAAGAGCCGUGGCGAGCUGGAGUCGCGCUUGUUCUCAAAACCAACCAACUCGCCCUCAUCAGACACAACGACGACAAAGACAGGCACAACGUCAUCAAAUGCAAAGGCACAGCCACUGCACCGGCAGCUUCAGUCGCUGCUGUCAAAGCAAAAGCGGUUCUCGGAGGAGCACGACAGCGUGUCUGCGCGCGUACAGGAGCAAGAGCUGCGUGUGAAGGACGUACAGAAUCAGCUGACAUCGCACCAGCAGCAACUGCUGUCGGCAACGACACACGACGAGAUUGAGAGCAUCUCUGCUCGCACGACACAGCUGCGCGCGCAACUCGAAGCUGCAGAGGCGGAGCUGUCCACCCUGCACCGCACACGGGAUGCACUCCGCACAGACCUGUCGAGCAUUGGCCGCGAAAUCUCGCGCGUGGAACAGGAGAUUCUGGACACAUCGUCCAUCUCCACGCCCAUCACCACGAGCAGCGGUGACGACAGCAACUCGUCUGUGGACUCCACAACUGCCGCGCACGAUGCAGAGGAGAUGCUGGAGUUGGAGCAGCGAUAUCGCAUUGUGCAGCAGGAGAUUGAUGUGCUUGAGGCCGAGCUGCAGGCCAUGACGACCCGCAGCCCUUCGCCCAUCCAGUCCAACCCACCGUCUCGUCGUCGCACGCUUGCCAUGCACGAUGGACGCGCGUCCACCCCAGGCAUGGGCAGCCCCAGUCCAUCAAAGCCAAACGACGACUAUGAUGGCGCGAGCGCCCGUGUUGGAGGCAGCGGCAGUGUAGGCAGUGGCGGCGUGGUUGUUGUCACGCCCGAGGUCACACGACCAACAGCGCACCGGCCUGACGCGCCUGCGAGCGGAGCAUUCAGCAGCGGGGAGGGGGAGGUCGACCGCAACACCAGCAAGCAGCACAGCUUCGGUGCUGAUGAGGGCACGCAUGUGUUUGCGCUGCGCUCUGAGCUGGCCGCUGCACAGGAGGAGAUUCGGCACUUGACUGCCGCUCUGAACCAGGAGAGGCAGGACCGCAACACCUCCGCCCACGAACAACAACAAGGACGACAGCAACAGCAGCAGCAGGCAGAGCUUGCACGAGCACAGGCGAGGGUGCAUGAGUUGGAGACACGUGUGAGCCAUCUCACAGAUGCGCUGGAAACAAAACAAGACGAGUCAAGCAGCAAGCACGAGCAUGCAAUGGCUGCAGUUGAAGAUCAACUGAGGAGCAGUGAAGAGAAGAACAAGGCCCUGCAAGCACAGCUGGAUGCAGCGAAGCAGGAAGCAGCCCGCCUCACAGAGACCAGCGCCGAGCAGGAGCAAGAGCUACAGCGUCUGCAACAGCAGCUGUUAGACUACCAUCGCCAGCAGCAACAACAAGAGCACCAGCAGCGGCAACUUGAGUUGAGUGAGGAGGAAGCGCGCCAGCGCGAGGACGAGAGACGCCAGGCUGUGGCGGAGGUCACGCGACUGCGGGCAAUUGUAACUGACGCACAGCGCACGUUUGAUGCGAACGUCACCCGCAUCUCUGAGCUUGAAGCCGAGCUGGAGGAGAUGCGUGUCGAGCGAGACACGGCGCUGCAAGGGUGCGAGCGCAUGGAAGCCGACAUGCAGCGGCUGUCGACCUCAAAUUCAGAGCUGCAGCGUCAAGUGCACCAUGCAGUUGCGCGGCUGAAAUCUGCGCUGGGCCAGGGCGAGACAGAAACUCCAACAGCGGCUACAGCAGCAAAAGCAGCAAAAGCAGCAGGGCAGCAGGGUGAAGACGAGCUGCAACGCGUGGUGUCUGAUGUGGAAUCACACGUGCAUGCAUUGCGGCACGACCUUGCGCAAGCGCGCGGUGAAGCCAUGCAGCACACGCAACAGCAAGCUGCGCAGUGGACUGCGCAGAUGACCACGCGUGCUCGUGAGCUGGAGGAGGAGCGCACACGCAGCAAGCGGUUGGGCCAACACGUCGGCGACCUGCAGGCACAGCUGGCGUCACUGCAGCGGCAGCUGGCCAGUGUCGAGCAAGAGAAGCAGCGCCUGAGCUCCCAGCACACACGCACGCAGGAGCGGUGUGAUGCUCUGGAAAGCCAGCUGGCCACGCUGCACGAGCAGCAGCAGCAGGACCACGCCAAGGAGGAGCAACGAGCGCAGCAGCAGUAUUCCAUGCACGAGGCAGACCACACCCGUGCACAGGAGCUUCAGCGUGCGCUGGAUCAGGCCAGGCGCGAAUGCGAGCAACUGCGGGUGGAGAAGGGCGAGCUCACACACGAGACGCAGCGGCUGCAGGAUCAAGUGCAGUUGCUGCAGCAGCGAGCGGCAGAUGCAGCGGAGGAGGCGGAGGUGCAUGACAGCACUGUGUCGGACGUGUGCGCACAGGUGGAGGACCUGGAUACACAUUUGCAUGAUGUGUGCGAGCAUCUUCAGCGUUCGUGCCAGGCGUUUGACAAUGCACGCGUUCCUCUGCCGCCCUCGCUGCCAGCCCUGCCCACCAGCCAUGCUCACAUGAGCGGCACCAGCAAUGACAGGAGUAGCGGCAGUGGUGGUGGUGCUGGACGUGCCACACCUGGCCGUAGCAAGGAAAACUUCAACAAACUCACCAUCCUCUGUGCACGCUUAAGCACACACGCGCACUGGUGUGCCGAUCUGCAGCGUGCACUUGCCACCGCCAUAUCCUCAAAGGAACAACAACAGCAGCAGCAACAACAACAAAACGAACAAGAGCACCAGCACCAGCACCAGCACCACCAGCACCAGCACCAGCACCAACAGCAACAGCAACAUCAGAGAGCAGAUGGUGAUCGAGCCGUGUAUGCGGCUCGGGAGCGCCGUGAUGGCAGCACUUCCAACGCCUUUGAUCGCGUGACGAUGGAGCUUGAGGAGACGCGGCGUGCGUUGCGCUCGGCAGAGCAGCGGCAGGCGCGCUACCGGGAGGAGAGGAACAGGCUGCUGACUGCAAAGCAGGCUGCCGAGGAAGAGCUGCGGACGGAGCGAAAGGCCGUGCGGGAGUUGGAGGCACGUGUGGCGCGGCAUAAGCGCAAGGCAGAGCACGCCGGCGGCGAGGUGGACCACUUGGCCAGGUCACUGCGGGACACGACGUCCGAUCUGAAGAGCAAAACCGUUGAAGUGCGACACGUGCACGAGGCGUUGGCGGCGGCGAAUGCGGACCGGGACUCCUUUGCUGCGCUGUACAAGCACGCCAAGGAAGGGUGCGACAAGGCGCAGUCCUCCCUCAAGGAGAAGGAGAAGCAGCUGGUGCAGCUGCAGUCGGCGUUACAGCAGUCCAAGCAUGCGGAAGCGCACGCACGCGCGCUGGCAGAGGAGAUGCGGGCCGCCCUCACACGAACGACGCAUAUGAGCGGUGACAUAUCCUCCGCUACCAUGCCCUCCACUACGGCUUCUGUGCCCACGGCGGGAACGACGACAAGCACGGCAGGCGUUGCGGGGGAACACUUGACGAGUACUGGUGCCGCUGGUGCAGGUCAGCACAAACACCCGCAUCCCCACCGUCGCCUUCAACAGCAGCAGCAGCAGCAGCAGCCGGCGGCGUCUCAUGUGUCUGAGGUUGGCUUGGUGGAGAGGCAGACGCUUCUGAUGCAGUCCAUUCACACGCUGCUGCAGGAGAAAGAGCAGCUUGAAGGCGCGCUGGGCGCGUGUCGCACGCACUUGGAGAAGCAGCACCGUCGCUUGCAUGUGCUGGAUACGAUGGUGGGCCAGCACCAGGCGUCGCACCUGCGCCUCAUGCGUGUGCGUGAGCGGCUGAGCGGGCGCUGCAACAAGUUGGCGCGGUGCGUGCGUGUUCUUCAGCAAACCAGCAGCAUUCUGUCCAACCUUCAACGCAGCAUGGCGAUUGAGAAGCGGAAACCAGGGACUGGCGCCCCGGCCACGCGGGGUGGUGAUGGCGACGAGCAACUGCUGGCGCUGUCGACGCGGCGGGAGCAGGUGGCGGCUGAUUUGGAACAGCAAACAGACGUGCUGAGUCGGCUGCAGAAGGAUGUUGGCCGGGAGCUGAUCAGCAUGUGCGAGGAGUUGCAGUCCAUGCACAUGGUCGCGGUGGAGACAGCAGAGGCAGCCGGGCUGACGGAGGAUGACGGAGUAUCAUGUCAGCGCACAGGGAAGCGGCAACAACAGCAGCAUGAGCAACAAGAACGGCACUCGCACCAUGGUGGCGCAGCAGCCAAGGAUGUGUCCAGCAGUCAGUUUUCACAGCAGCGCCAUCACACGCGCCAGCAUGCAAAGAACGACGCAAGUGUGUCGCAGGUCAAAUCUGCCCGCAGCACUGCCCUUCAAGACCGCACAAACGUUGCAAGCAGGAAAAGAGGUGUGCAAAGCGAGUCGCUGUUUGUGCAGCCUUCGUUUGCCACGUCCCUCAAGCUGUCAUCAUCCUCAUCAUCCUCAUCAUCCUCAUCAACGCCAUCCUCGUCCGCGUUGUCGCCACACCUUCCUGGUCGUGCUGAUGGUGUUGCAAGACCUGCACAUGGCCACGCUGCCAAAAACCCCUUCCAACCUCCGAGCGCCCGCCACGGUUCCGUGCCUGCAGGCAACACUUCUCAACGGCAGCAUGUGAUGAACGUCAGCACACUCAUGGAGGAAAAUCUUGCAUUGCGCGAGCAUUUGCAGAGUCUGCUUGGCGCGACGCCAGAGUGAUUGUGUGAGGUGAGCGUGUGAGAGGUGGAUGGGUGCAUGCAAGGCGUGUGUGGGUCAGUUGGCUGUUUAUGUUGAACGCGUGUGCUAGAUGCGUGUGCUUCAAACCAGAGAACAGAAAAUCUUGUGUAGUUUCAUUGUACAUAGUUGCAUUUGUGUCAGUGCUGUGGAGAAAGCAAG